AUGUCGCUCUGCCAAAAUCGUCUCACAGAGGAGAGAAAGCAAUGGAGACGGGAUCAUCCUUUCGGGUUCUACGCCAGGCCGUAUAGAAACCCCAACGGUGUCCUUGAUUUAAAGCGUUGGGAAUGCGGUAUUCCAGGAAAGGCCCAGACUUUGUGGGAGGGUGGCUUGUUUAAGCUAGACGUCACCUUUCCGGAUGAGUACCCUACGAAGCCUCCGAAGUGCAAAUUUGUCCCUCCUCUCUUCCAUCCUAACGUGUACCCGUCCGGCACCGUCUGUCUCUCGAUCCUGAACGAAGAAGAAGCUUGGAAACCCGCUAUCACGAUCAAGCAAAUUCUCCUCGGUAUCCAGGAUCUGCUGGAUGACCCGAACCCCGAAUCUCCUGCCCAGGCCGACGCAUAUAACCUUUUUAAGAAGGACCGCCCGGCCUAUGAACGACGUGUCAAACAAGUUGUCCGAGAAAACCCGGCGCUAUAG